AUGGCGUUCGACGAGCAGGGGCAGGCGGAUACAGUUGAGCGUAAAGUCGACAUCUGCUCUCGCUCUUAUGAAAUUCUGACCCGGAAAGUUGGAUUCCCCCCACAGGACAUCAUUUUCGACCCGAACAUCUUCGCCGUGGGAACUGGAAUUGAAGAACAUAAUCGGUAUGCCGUCGCUUAUAUUGAAGCCGCAAGAGAGUUGAAAGUCCGCUUCCCGCAGUGUCAUGUAAGUGGCGGCGUCAGCAAUGUGUCUUUUUCGUUCAGGGGUAACGACCCAGUAAGGGAGGCGCUGCAUUCGGUAUUCCUUUACCACGCGGUGCAAGCCGGCAUGGACAUGGGCAUAGUCAACGCAGGUCAACUUGCAGUCUACGAGGAGAUUUCGCCAAGCUUGCGACGUGCCUCAGAGGAUGUAAUUCUCGACAGGCGUGAUGACGCGACGGAGCGGUUACUGGAGCUUGCAAAAGACGGCCCUCUAAUGGAUGGGAUGAACACCGUUGGAGACCUGUUCGGCUCUGGCCGCAUGUUCUUGCCGCAGGUCGUCAAGAGCGCGCGGGUGAUGAAAAAGGCAGUGGCUGUGUUGGUUCCCCACAUCGAUGCCGAGCACCAGGAGGGGGACACGCCGCGCUCAAACGGCAAACUUGUUAUAGCGACAGUCAAAGGUGAUGUCCAUGACAUUGGCAAAAAUAUAGUGGGUGUUGUACUCGGCUGCAACAACUACGAGGUGAUAGACCUAGGCGUGAUGACUCCCUUUCAGAACAUUCUGAACGCCGCUCGAGAUGUGAAUGCGGAUGUCAUUGGGUUGAGUGGUCUGAUAACACCUUCUCUCGACGAGAUGACGACCGUGGCGCGUGAGAUGAAUAGACAAGGCUUUGACAUUCCACUCCUCAUCGGCGGCGCAGCAACAUCCGCGGCGCACACUGCUGUGAGGAUUGCCCCCGAAUACCCGCACGGCGUAAUACAUGUACGGGACGCAUCUCGAUCAGUUACAACAAUGAAUGAGUUGGUGGAUGAGCAUACGCGCCGCCAGCUUAUCGCGCAGACUCAUGACCGCUAUGACAGGAUUCGCGCAGACCGAGCUUCACGCAGUGCGCAGUCGCAACUGCUCCCUCUCAAUGAGGCUCGACAACGCCGAUUGGGAUUCGACUGGGACUCAACUGUCACUGAAUCGCCGACAUUCAUCGGUGCAAAGGUGUUUGACGACUACUCGUUAGAUGAGCUCGUCGACUAUAUCAGUUGGACGCCAUUCUUUGGAGCAUGGGAACUUCGUGGCGCAUUUCCGGCCAUUCUCAAAAGUCCGACUUAUGGCGAAGAGGCGAAGCGACUGUUAAGUGACGCGCAACACCUACUCCACAAGAUGAUCGACGAGAAGGCACUUACGGCAAAAGCAACCAUCGGCUUUUUUCCGGCAAAUUCGGUUGGCGAUGAUGUAGAGAUAUACACUGAUGAAAGCCGCAAUCAAGUAAAGGAGACCUUGCAUUUCCUCCGUCAGCAGUGGGACAAGACACGUCAGCGCGCGAAUCUCCCUCAGCAGGACUUCUGCCUUGCGGACUUCAUAGCACCUAAGGAAUCGGGAGUCGCCGACUACAUCGGAGCAUUUGUCGUAACGGCUGGCAUUGGAGGUGACGAGUAUGCCGCCGCGCUUGAAUCCGAGAAUGACGACUAUAACGCGAUACUGUCAAGGGCACUUGCUGAUCGGCUAGCGGAGGCAUUUAGUGAACGCUUGCACGAAAGGGUGCGCAAGGAGUUCUGGGCAUACGCCCCUGACGAGGAUCUGAAUAGCGAGCGCCUUCUGAAAGAGGAGUACCAGGGGAUACGCCCCGCUUUCGGCUAUCCCGCGUGCCCCGACCACACAGAGAACGCAACGCUCUGGGGCCUACUGGAUGCCGAGCGCACAAUUGGCGUGAAGCUCACAGAGAACUUCGCAAUAUGGCCCACCGCAUCCACCGCGGGUCUUUAUUUCGCACAUCCCGGCUCUCUCUAUUUUGGUGUAGGUCGUAUAGGCCGCGACCAAGUGGAGGACUAUGCACGGAGAAAGAAUAUGCCAGCCAAAGAUGUAGAGCGUUGGCUUUCGUCAAACAUUCUGUAA